UUGUCAUUCCACCAUUCGCGCACGCAAGAUUUCAUUUAAAGCAUGGUGCCCGCCCCUUCCUGGGGUCUUGGUAGAGGAGCUCUGUUUGACUCACCGGCUGUCAAAAACGCCCCACCGCACCAUGGCAGCCCUGUUGACCAGGCUGCACCACAUUUCGCUCAACGUCUCCAACGCGGAGAAAGUUUCCAGCGACCUCGUCUCCAAAUUCAAGUUCAGUUUGUUUGCCACCAGGCUGACCGAUGGGGCCAGGCAGCUGGCUUUCAGAAAGGGAGCGGCUGUCUUCAUCGUGAACGAGAGACCAACCCGGAGCGACGCGGUAACGAAUGAGAGGCUCCACAUUACGCACUCGCGUCCACAUGUUCCACAGCUGGUCAACGUGGGGAAAGACAACCGGGGUGAUUCCACGAAAUGUCUUUACGACGUCAGCUCGUGUUACCCAGUGAACACUGUCAACAACGUGUGUUUCGAAGUGCAGGAUGUGGAAAGGUCAUCCAGGGCUCUCCAACACCUGGGCUGCAAUUUCAUGGUUCCGCCAACGACAGUUCACGACGAGUGUGGUUAUGUCACCUACUCAGUGGUCAAAUCCAUCGUGGGGAACGUGUGCCACACGUUGAUUGACAGGACAAAAUACAAGGGCAGCUUCUUGCCUGGGUUUGAUGGCAUCGAAAAUUACUUGCCAGAAACGGACACGUCUUGUCUAAUCACACACUUUGAUCACAUCACAUAUGUCUGUCUCAAGAAAACAACCAACCAGGUCAUGAGGUGGUACGAGAAGCUCUUUGGUUUUCAAAGGUUUUUCAUCAACAGUGCUGAAAAUGUGGACGAAGGUUUUGUCAUAAACCAGGAGGGCAUUGGACUGCGUCUAACCGCCAUGGAGUACUGGAAAUGCAGCAAAACUGGCAUCACUCUCCCCUCUGUGGACAAGAAGGAGCCUGACUGCAAGUUUGUGAUUGCAGAAUCGCUCUUUGAUCAAGGAAUCAGGAAUCAGAUUGACACCUUCUUGGAGCAGCACGGGGCCCCGGGGAUCCAGCACAUAGGACUAUACACAACAAACAUAGUUUCUACUGCUCAUGCAAUGGCUGAUGCUGGUGUGCAGUUCUUCUCCCCUCCUAAAGCCUACUACAUGCAGGUGGGAAAACAGCAGGAGAUAGAGGAGGCAGGACUAAACCCCCAGAUGCUGGCGAAGCAUGGCAUUCUCCUGGACACAGAUCCGGCAUCGCAGACCGCAUCCAGUGAAAGCCGAGGAUACCUUCUCCAGGUGUUCAGCAAGCCCAUCUUUGCAGAGGACACCUUCUUCCUCGAGCUGAUAGAGCGAAGGGGGGCCACAGGUUUUGGCGAGGGGAACAUCGGAGCGCUGUGGAGGUCUGUGCAGGCGCACAUGGAGAGUCAGGGCGGGGAUUCUCAAGGAGAGGAAACUCCAAAAACGGUGCAAACUUCCCCGUAUUAGUCCAUCCAGAUAAUAAUAAAAAUAAUAAUUUGAGAGUACUUCUAAAAUAAGUGAAAAAAGUAGAAUGUAUAAAUACAUAUUAUAUGUUUACAGAGGAUUUUUACCACGAAAUAAAAAGCACUUGUGGCAAUAGUUGCCUGUUACACUGAUAACAAGUACAUUGAGUUAUAUUAAUAUCCAUCUUUUAACAUGACAUUAACAUCAAAGAUGUAAAACUGUACUUUGAACUAUGUGGUACAUAAGCAGAUGUUACAUAUUCUACUUCAAACUUCAAAUGUCACUCCACAAAUACAUUUUCUGUCACAGUAAAAUAAUGUUUUCAUUGUGUCAAAGCAAAAACAACUGCCUGACUUCACAGCAACUGUUGCUCAAUAAAUCUGUUUCUUACAGCACACCGUGAAGACCAAUUACUGUCCUCAUAACAAGGUGCUCUCUGUUUCGUAGAAUGUGGGUGGGCGGGCUGAAUUUCAGAAUAAGAGCAUUGUAAAUAUUGUUUUUCAUGCGGUGAUCAAUUUUGAGGUUUUGGGCUAUUUUGCUUUCGUAACAUGUCUUUUUUUUCAAACUACUAAAAAAGUUUGUUUUACGACAGAGGACUACUUUACACUUUGACUCCACUAUAUUUCCAUAGUAUUGUGCUAUUCCUACAUGUAUGUGACUGAUUUUGUUGUGUGCUCUUUUGCUGAAUAAAAAAUGUACAUUCAAAACGUGUAAUCGGGUUAUGUAAUAUGAUGUGUUGUAGAUAUUUUAACUAUAACGGUAAAUAACACAAGUAGGGACGAUUUGACAGACUACAACAAUAAGGCACUUAUUAAGACAUCAGAAUUCAUAACUACAAU